AUGCUCAUAUUGGUUUUUAUAUAUGACGAAAAUAGCGAUAUCGAAGUAAUUUGUGUUGUGGUAGCAAUAUACAGUGGCUUGUCAGAUUCGAUUUGGAGCAUUUCAUCAGCUGUUAUUAAUUUAGCAACAAUUAUACUUUAUGUAAUACUGAGUCGAGUUGUAGUGAAGGCUAAAAGAACAACUAAGAAUAUCGAGUUGUUGCAAACAUUAAAGAUAGUCGUGAUAUUUAUUGGACUGGGACAGCUAGCAUCAACGUUGGUCUACUUAUCAACACUUUUCUACGAGUUUUCCGAAAUGACAUCGUUUUACAUAGGAUGCUACGCGGGAAUAUUUGUUAAUUUAAGCAUUUCAUGCAAUUGGUUCUUCUAUUAUUGGAGAAGUGUCGAAUAUCGGAACGAAUUUAAAAGGCAAUUCAGGAAACUUCUAUGCUUAGAGAAUGUAGUACCGUUGGAACCAAAACCUACAAUAAAGUGGGUGACGACAGUUCACAGGCUUACUAGCCAUAUUGGUGUGAAAAAAAAGAAAGAAAAAGAAAUAAAAAGAGCAAAAGAUUGA